GGGUCCGGUUUGGGUCCGGGUACGAAGUUGUCGGGUCGGUUCGGACACGGGUACGGAAAAAAGCUCCGGUCCGGUUUCGGGUGAAAAAAAGUGCACCCGUGCAGCACUCUAAUAUAGACUAUUGAACUUUGGUUAACGAAUGUUGUGUAAUACUGAAAAUUAAAAUUCCAAAUUUUUUACAAUAAAGUGUUGUCUGCAUUAGAAACUUGGUAUAUAGCUCUGAAAGAACUUGUCAGAAAAAUCUAAUACCCAGUCAGACAAAAGUGUAAAAAUAACGCUUUUAAAACACGUUUCAUCACGUUCAAAGCAUAAGAAGCGUAGUAACGAAAAAAUAUCAAUUAAGAAAAAAUGUGUACAUGUGAUUUUCUUAACGGACUUUAUUAUAUCUGGCAUUGACUCGUUUUUCAAAAACAGCCAAACACGUUUGGAUUUAAUCAUUGUUUCUAGACUAGAUUAAACGCAGAAUCUUUUGUCCAAUAAAUUCUACACUAAUAACACACAUAUUCUCCUUUGCAAAUUUUUUAUGGGAAUCAAAAAUCCUUUUUUUAAUUGCAUCAGCUACUGAUUAACGUAUUCGUGAGUUAGAUUCAUUGAAGUUUGAUUCUGAUGCAUUCGCGAUGUACUAUUUUGAUUCAUAUUAUGGUGCCUUGUAUAUAUCUAAUACUUACUAUGAUAGAUAAUCAAGAAUUCUGAUGACCUAAUUUUCUAACUGUUGAAUACAUGUAAUAUGAACAAAAAGACAGAAGAAAAAAAUGAUGAGCUAUUGAUAGUAGUACUAAUAGUAGUGUUUUAAGCAUAUCUAUGUGGAUUCUAGAAGUGUGUACAAAAUAAGAUCACACCCUAAUUUGGUUAUUCAAGCUACUAUUUGAAUUUGAGUGAAACUAUUAAUAACAUAAGAAAGAAUGAAAAGAGUACAUCAGUCUCAUCAUUUUUUUCUAAAAUUUCAUAACAUUUUGAUGAUAACUCAACAAUGAAGGGUAACAAACUUACAAGAUAAUUAGUUCAUAGAUGCUAGCAUCUAUAACUUCGUAUGGUACUUGUAGAACCAGAAUGAUGUACCAUCUUUUUUUUGCCGUAUUCAUUUAAGUGUGUUAAAAAUAUGAAUAUUUGUGACUAUUCAUAUUUUAUAUUAGUAGUCGAAACAAGAAGAAAGCAAAUAUCAAGUGUCUUUAACUGGUCAAAUGUAAUUACAAUAGGUAAAAAACGUGGGUUCUAUUUUUUAGCUUCAAUUCACAAUGAGUACACUCUAAGAUCAUGUUUUCAAUGUAACAAUGAGAGAAUUCACACUUCAAUUCAUACUAAACGAAAGAACUUUUGAUCGAUAUCAUCUUCUGCAUAUGAAAAAUGAUCUCCAAUAUUUGAAAAAAAGGUCUUAAUGCCACAUAUUACGACAUAUACGAAUACUAUAUAAAUUAAAUAUUGAUAAAGCAAUCAAAGUAGAGUUUGAUGAUAUGUUCAUUAUUAAGAUGUGAAUUAUAUCAUAAGAAUAUGUACCUUCCUUUCUAGCUCGGUAAUUUAAGUGCUUUAUCAAUUUAUUGGAAUACCACUGCUCUAGUACGAUCUGGCUUAUCAAGAAAGGAAGUUUUUUUGUAUGUCAUAUAUCUAUUCUCUUCUGUUUUGUAAUUCUAGUUUAUUUCGAAUACAGAAAAAUCUUAGAGAAAGAAUAGCAGUCAAUAAUCAACAAGCUCCAACUGACAUAUCAUAUAUACUGCGAUCAUUAAAUAUCAAAACAAAAAUUAUAUUAGACAUGAAAAAUCGGGAAGAAGAAGAAGAAGAAGAAUUAAAACGACUGAUGUUUGAUAUUAAAAUUGAUCUGGAUGAAAUUAGUUUAAACAUUAAUCAUGAUCAAAUAAAUUAA